AUGGCAGACGAUAAAGGUCCAGGCUCGGGCAAGGAUGGAGCUAAAACCCCGCCCAAAGAGCGACAAAUUUCAGAUCUUGACUUAAUGAAGGAGCGGUUUUCUAAGCUACUCUUGGGGGAGGACAUGUCUGGUGGUGGCAAGGGUGUUUCUUCGGCUUUGGCUCUGUCAAACGCAAUUACAAACCUUGCUGCUUCUGUUUUUGGAGAACAAAGAAAACUGGAACCGAUGGCUCCAGACAGGAAAUCAAGGUGGAAGAAAGAAGUCGACUGGCUCCUUUCUGUAACGGAUUACAUUGUUGAAUUUGUCCCCUCGCAACAGAAAGCGAAAGAUGGAACAACUAUGGAGAUAAUGAUCACACAACAGAGAAGAGACCUGCUCAUGAACAUCCCAGCAUUGCGCAAGCUGGACACAAUGCUUAUUGAUUGCCUGGACAAUUUUAAAGGCCCCAAUGAAUUCUGGUAUGUUUCGAAAGAUGCUAACGAGGCUGAGAAAGGAUCCGCGAGAGAGGGCAAAUGGUGGCUGCCUACCAUCAAGGUGCCUGCAGAAGGUUUAUCAGAGUCAUCGAGGAAAUUUUUACAAUAUCAGAAAGAUUGUGUGAACCAAGUGCUAAAAGCAUCCAUGGCCAUAAACGCGCAAAUUUUGUCUGAAAUGGAGAUACCUGAGAGUUACAUCGAUUCACUCCCAAAGAAUGGUAGAGCGACCCUUGGUGAUCAAAUGUAUAAAAGCAUCACGGUAGAGUACUUCGAUCCUGAUCAAUUCCUAAUAUCCACAGACUUGUCAUCGGAACACAAAGUUCUUGAUCUCAAGAAUAAAAUUGAAGCCUCUAUAGUGAUUUGGAAGAGGAAGAUGGUACAAAAGGAUGCAAAGUCCGGCUGGGGUUCCGCUGUAAGCCUGGAAAAAAGAGAGCUCUUUGAAGAAAGAGCAGAGACCAUCUUGCUGUUGUUAAAACAGAGGUUCCCAGGGCUUCCUCAAUCCUCACUAGACAUAAGUAAAAUCCAAUUCAACAAGGAUGUAGGGCAUGCUAUACUGGAGAGCUAUUCCAGGGUUUUAGAGACCCUGGCAAACACUGUCAUGUCCCGAAUAGAAGACGUCCUAUUCGCUGAUGCUGCCACUCAAGAAGAUCCAUCACCUGCAAUAUCCAAAAUAAAGCCAGUAAGAGAUUCCUCACCAGGCCCUAUAAAUUUCUCCAGCGCUGAGGACGACUCUGAGAGGCCAACUCCUGUGGGAACACCUAGUGCGAUGACACUAUCCGAUUUCAUGGGCUGGAAUUACGAAAGCACAGACCCUGACAUGAAGAGAGAUGACUCCCCUGCUACUCUAGAAGCAAUCAACAAAGAAGCUGAAGCAAAGAUCAUGAGCAAGCCUGCCAACAUUGCAACUAAGAAGAAGUUUUCGUACCUUGACAAACUCGAAUGGAGUAGCCUCAGGAGUCCAACAGCUCGCCAUUAGUAGCUCAGUAGAAC